UGACGCGAGGGGCGGGGCCAGAGCCCCGGGCCCGGCCUGCUGCUGCCUGAUUAGGCUCCGGAACUGCAGGCUGGACCAUGACCGAGGCCCCGCGCCCUACAUGGGGCGGGCUGUUCCGGGCCCGAGCCCUGGCGCUGCCACCUCGAGCAGCGAGCAGGAGCCCGGUAUCCUCAUGCGUCCUCGCCGCGUCGCCCCCAGUCUUCGUGCUCGAGUACUACCUGGACACGCUGUGGAAGGGGACGCUGCUCUUCAUAGUAUGCAUCUUGCUCAUCAGCUUCGGUCUCGUGAGCGAGGUGCAGAAGCAGGAGACCUGGGGCUUCCCUGCCUACGGCGUGGGCGUGGGCCUGUGGCUUAUGAUCUCGUCGCUGCCGCGGCGCCGCCUGGUGCUGAACCACGCGCGUGGCGUGUACCAUUUCUCCAUCCAGGGCCGCACCGUGUGUCAGGGCCCCAUGCACCUGGUCUACGUGCGCCUGGCGCUCAACUCGGACGCCUAUCGAAGGUGCUUCUUCCAGCUGGUUCUGUGCGGCCACAAGCUGGAGCCGCUAGUGCUGGUGCAGCUGUCGGAGCGCUAUGAGCAAAUGGAAUACCUGGGCCGGUACAUUGCCCGGAAGCUCAACAUUAACUACUUUGACUGCCUGGCCACAUCGUACCGGCACGUGGUCCGCCACUGGCCGCUGGGGACCACUUUCAGCCCGGGCAUCGUGCUGCGCAAGACCGGUGCCUACGAGGGGAACCCUCAGUGGGACCCGGACGUGUGAUGCUGCCAGCAGGCACCCACCCUUCUCCCACCCCAAGAGGCGUUCUGCCUUCCCCUCCAGUCCCCCGCCUCCACCCCCACCACUGGCCUUCUUCUCAAUAAAGUGACCUCUUGCUUCAA